AUGUACAAGAGCAACCUCUCCUUAGGCCUGAGGUGCAAUAGUGCACUUGAAAACUUAGUGAAGUGUUCUGACAUGGAGGAAGCCAAUGAUGCAUCUGUCAUGAAAAACACAAAGUUCAUCAUACUUUCCUCACAGGAAGAUGAGCUACACCUUGUUGAAGAGGCAAAGGCCCAUGAGUCACUCAAAGUCUUGUAUAAGACAACUCCUGUCAGUCAUGGAAUAGCAGACAAGAGAGACAAUUCAGAAUACUGGGAGAACAAAGAGAGAGGUAAUGAGAGGGAGGAAUAUGAUGGUGGAGAAGAAGGGGAGGAAUGCCAUGACAGAGAAUGUGGAGAGAAUCUUGGUAGUGCUGAGGGAUGCAAGGUGCCUUCUGGUCCUCCACUCACCCAGCUGCUCAACUGGGGCCUUGAUGGAUAUGAUACUAGCAUCAGUGAUGAUCUGGUGCCUCAUGCUGCUACCUCAGAUUCUGAGCUAGACAAGAACACCUGUGUCAACUUGGAGGUCAAUCUGACUCCAAAAAUUUGCACCACCAUAGGCUCUGCUAUGGUAAAAGAAGCUCAAAAGCACUGUCAUAGCUCCUCAACAUCUUCUAAUGAGCCCCACUAUGAAAGACCUGGUUCCAGCCAUAAACCUAGGAGAAAAUGUAGGCAGCUUGGUGACCUAGGACACUAUGGAAGCAGCACACUUAGGCAAUUCCAGGAGACCAAUGACAUUACCAGCCAGCUUGGCUGA